AUGGAAGACAUGAGGACAGUAAUAGCAAGUGUGGUGGCACACAUAGACCAUGGAAAAACCUCUUUGAUAGACAGCCUUGUUGCAUCGCAGGGACGGAUAUCAAGAACAUUAGCCGGAUCUGUUAGGUUUCUCGAUACAAGAGAGGACGAGCAAACCAGAGGAAUAACGCUGAAGCUGAGUGCAAUCUCCUUGAGGCACGAUGGGGGCAGCUAUGUGUUCAUUGACACACCAGGGCACGUAGACUUUGAGUCUCUGAUCCAGUCAAGCUCUAUAUUCUCAGACAACUUCCUCAUCCUCGUGGACGUUAACGAGGGGAUAACGCCAAGAACUUAUUCGCUUGUGAAGUAUACGAAAGGGAAGAGAUGUGUUCUUGCGGUAAACAAGAUAGACAAGGUAUGCUCUCCUGAGGAGCUUCUGCAGAAGGUACUCUCGGUUGUGUCAUCAAUAAACGGGCUUGCAGGAGAAGAUCUUUUUGAGUGGGAGGCCAACAACAUCAUACUGUGCUGCGCAACGCUUUGCUAUGGAAUUAACAGAAAGAUGUUCAGGAAGAUUGUUGGCAAAGACGGAACCUUGAAGAAAGCCAUAGAUCUCCUGUUCCACAUAUACAAGAAGAUAGAAGAGAAGGACGUCGAUAAGAUAUGCGAAAGAUUUAGGGUGGCAAGCAGAAACCGAAAGAACAUUCUUUCGUCUAUGUUCCCUCUCUCUGACUGUGUGUUUGAUUCUGUGUCCUCGGACACUAGAGAUCACUUGAAGGUGUUUUUUGGAUCUGAUCUAAUAAGGCUGAAUCCAGUGCCAUCUAGCAGGAAGCCUGCCCUUGUAGGGGUUACUGCCUACGGCAUUCUGAAGACACCUCGGGUAUAUGCUAGGGCCUCAGUGCUCUUUGUCACAAGAUUAUUCUGCGGGACUGUGAGGGUAGGGGACGUUGUGUACUCUGCAGACGGCGAAAGCGUCACGGAAUGCACUGUGGAAAGCCUAUAUCUGUUUGGGAUAAACGAGCUAGUUGAGAAGAGCGAGGUUUCUGGAUCAAAUCUUGUCUGCAUUGGAGGCAACUUCCUGAAGAACUCGCUGAUAACUGAUGUUCCUGUGUAUAAGAUGAGUGUCAGGAGCAAGGUGACACCCUUCUACAAGUUCAAGCUUGUUCUAAACGACCUUGAGAGGCUUGAUGAGCUAAAGGAGGUGUUUAGGGUGAUGUCCUGUACAGAGCAGUUCCUGAAAGUAAGGCUCAACAAGUACAAGGAGAUAGAGGUUUCAUGCACUGGGAAGGUCCAGUCAGAAAAAAUAAUCACUGAUCUCAUAGACUCUGGCUUUGAGUUUACUGUUGCAGAUCUUGAGGAGAAGUUCUGCGAAUAUGCCACAAAGCCCAUAAGCCAGGCCUUUUCUCUGGAAGGCCUUAAUUUGAAGGUUUCUGUCUGCAGGGCGCAUGAAAGCGGAGAAGGCACCGAUACUUGCUUUAGAAGGUGGGAAGACAUGAACAGAAACCAAUUUGUUCUUGCAUCAGACCUGUGCUUUGAGAUGGCUGCUAAUGUUCUGGAGAUGUUUGUUUCGAGCGGGCCGCUGAUAAGAGAAAAGAUAUAUGAAACAAGGUUUGCUCUGGAUUUAGAGGGAGACGCCGACGGAAUGGAUUCUGACACCUUGUAUUCCUUUCUAAAGAACUCUCUUGCUUCUGUGUAUCUCUUGUCCGCGCCGACUGUUGCGCCGAUGUUCUAUGAAUGCAACAUCUCGAUCCAGGAGGAGUUUAUAGGGGAAGCAUACAAAAGCCUGUCCAAGCACAACUAUGCGGUGGCCCAGGAGAGCUACGAAGAAAAGACAGGGUUCUAUGUCCUCACAGUGCUGAUUCCGCAGUUUCUGUACUCAAGCUUUCUUGAGGACAUAAGAGUGAGGACAAAAGGAACGGCAUAUCUUCUAGUGAAGGACGUAGGAUACAGGUUUUUGCUAGAUUUCAGCAGGUACAUAGAAGGUAUAAGGAAGAAGAAAGGACUAUUCGUCGAGGAGAAGAUAGUUGAGAGCCCAUCAAAGCAAAGAACAUAUAAAAAGUAG